CUCCCUUAUAAAAUCAAGAGUCGGGAUGUUACUGUGGAUAUUAGACGGCGUCAGCUGACUGUUGGCAUUAAAGGACACCCGCCUAUACUGGAUGGUGAACUUUACAAUGAAGUCAAGGUGGAAGAAUGCUCCUGGAGCCUGGAAGAUGGUCUGGUGAUAUCGGUGAGUAUAGAGAAGAUAAAUCGAAUGGAAUGGUGGAGCCGUAUAGUAGCAGGCGAGCCGGAGAUCAACACGCGUAAGGUUCAGCCCGAGAACUCGAAGUUAUCCGAUUUGGACGGCGAGACACGCUCAAUGGUUGAGAAAAUGAUGUAUGACCAGCGCCAAAAAGAGAUGGGUCUACCAACUUCAGAAGAGCAGAAGAAGCAUGAUAUGCUGAAAAAGUUCAUGGAAGCUCAUCCUGAAAUGGAUUUCUCGAAAUGCAAAUUUGGUUAG